CUAUUGCACAAUAUGCACAUUUUUCUUUUCAAUGCAGUUGGGGUGUCAUGUUAAAGUUUAAAUCCUGGGAGGAGACAUUCUACAAACAUAUGUAGAAACGCUCACUCGGUUGUUCUAAGCACUCAAGCCCACCGAGGUCCACACUUCUCUAAUUCCUGUUCCAGACCACCAUGGCUCCCUAUGAUGUUCUGCUUCUCCUUCUAGUGAGUUUCUGCACAGUCCAAGUUUCUAUUCAAGGGGAAAAUGAGCACAGACUGGUUGCAGAACUGAUGCAGAACAAUUGGGGGGAGAGACCAGUCAUCAAUGAGUCUCAGGUUCUCAAUGUCAAAGUUGGCAUUUACCUCACCCAGAUCAUUGAGUUGGAUGAGACCAGCCAGGUGUUGACGACCAAUAUUUGGCUGACAUUGUCCUGGAAUGACUACCAACUGCAGUGGGAUCCAUCUCAAUAUAAUGAGUUGGACACUCUUCAUUUGCAAAAUGAUGUCCUUUGGAAGCCAGAUAUUGUCCUUUAUAACAGUGCACAAGAAAGAUUUGAGACUACUUUCGAUGCCAAGGUCGUUGUUACCUCCUCAGGCAACUGUAACUAUAUACCUCAAGCGAUCUUUAGGAGCACCUGCCAUGUCGAUCUCCGCUGGUUCCCCUUUGACACUCAAAAAUGUGACCUCAAGUUUGGCUCCUGGACUUAUGGGGCCCGGUCUUUGGACUUAACAAUGAGCGAGGCGGUCAUAAGUGAAUACGUUCCUAAUGGAGAGUGGGAGCUUGUUGAGGUCUCGGGAAAGAAGAACAGCCGGAUUUAUGAGUGCUGCGAGGAGCCCUAUUCCGAUGUCACGUACACCAUAGUGAUGCGCAGACGGACUCUCUUCUAUGUAGUUCAUCUGCUCAUUCCCUCAAUUCUGAUCUCCAUUCUGGCCCUGUUUGUUUUCCUGCUCCCUGCUGACUCCGGGGAAAAGAUAACACUGGGAGUCGCAGUCAUGCUGUCCCUCAUACUCUUGAUGACGUUAGGUGCAAAUGUGAUUCCUGCCAAUUCGGAUUCAGUGCCUCUCAUAGCUCAGUACUUUAUCAUCACCAUAGUCAUUGUUACACUCUCUGUGAUUGUCACGGUUGUGGUCUUACAAUUUCACCAUCAUGACCCUCAUGGAGCCAAGAUGCCUAAGUGGAUCCGUGUGGUCCUCUUUGAUUGGUGUGCCUGGUUUCUGCGCAUGAAGCGUCCUGGUGAGGACAGUGCGGACUUCAACGACAGAAUGGUUCAACCGGCCUCACCUGAUUCUGAGUUGGUUGGACGAGCUGGUGAGGGUGAGGUUCUCCUUACCAAAGUUCCGAGCCCCACAGUUCACAGCCAUGAACCAGAGAUCGCCAAAAUCCUUGAUGAAGUACGCUAUAUUGCCAAACGCUUCAGAGAGCAGCAACAGGGAAAGACUACGUGCAGUGAUUGGAAAUUUGCUGCUGUUGUCAUCGACCGUCUUUGUUUUGUCAUUUUCUUGCUAUUCAUUGUCCUGUUCACCUUGGGGAUUUUUGUGUCGGCACCAAACUGAAGCCACAGUGAAGGCAAACAUUGACAUCAUUUAGCUCAGAAUUUCCCGUUUUCAAGCACGUUGUAUUCUAAAACCAGUAUAUUCUGGUUUUGGAUCACCAAAUACUAGAUUUGGGAGUGUUGCUUAAAUAAGUAUUUUUAUACACUAACUAAUUACCACUAACGAGUUACCUGUUAAGAAAUCUAGUUAGGAACAUAAUUCAAGUAUCAUAAUAUCAAUGUAAUGUAACUUGAUUACUUUUAAUAACGUUUGGAUUUGUUUACACGUUUGCAUGAAAUAUGUAAUAAUAAAUGUACACAUACUCUAUACAGUG